AUGUCCACCACCAGGAUCGUUUCGCCUCCCGCAGCAGCAGGGAUAGGAGUUGGAGCUUUGCUCUCAAAUCCAAAUUCUAAUCCAAGCCCAAACCCGAAUUCAGCUUCGCAUUCACAUUCACAUCAGUCACGCUCACGCUCGCGUGCACAGAGACCAAUCCACUUAGGGAUCGAUGAACAAGUUGGGGGUGGUGGUGGUGCUGGCAGCCAGCGCAUUCGUCCAACAGCAUCAUUGCCUCUGCCGUUACCCUUCACUUUGCCUUUGCCACCCUUGAUGUCAACCUCUCGCCGCCGCCAUCGCCGAAGUUCAACUCCAACAAUAACAACACAGCAACCGAGGCUCUCUCCUACUCCCCCUCCUCAAAAUAAUACUCAGACGCCACCCCGGUUAAGGUCAACGAACUUAUCUUUAGCAAACGUCGAGCUCCCACCGAUUAAUUUCUGGGAGAGCGAGCCUCUGGAAUCGCAUCACGGUAGUGGCCUUGAGCCCUCUGGAUUUGAUGACAAUUUUCUCCUCGAUCUUGCUACCACCGAAUUUUCGUCACCUUCGACAUACCCGUCAUUCACGGAUUUCGAUUCACAGCCAACUCAAGCUCAAGGCGUAGACCAAAGCCACCGCCGAAACCGAAACUCAACACUCCAGGCUCCCACAUCGCCCGAGCCGUCUCGUGCAUUUCUUAACGGUGCUUCCAACGCCCCACGUCGCCUCUCCACCAACUGCAUAUCCAACAUUUUGGGUCCUGAACGUAGCACCACCCAGCUCUCCUCCACCACCAACACAACAGGCGAAUCUCAAUCAACUCUGCCUUUCUUCGACUCCCUCGAGGAGAACGACUUUCUGUUCGAUAGCCCUGCCAGUUCCUUUUCUGACGCUAUGCCACCUGCGACUCGACGAACUACUACAGCUGCGACAGCUGCUGCUCGGGCUGGCUCCGGGCACGCGAGUAAGCGACGGCGAACAUCUGCCACGGCCGCGAAUACGAUAUCUACGAGACCACCGUCGAGACAAAAAAAGACCCCAGCACCCAGCAAAGAUAUGGAGGUGGAAGAGCUGUUCGGACCAAGCCCUACGCGCACCUUCGUCGACCUUGAAGCAAAGGAGGAAGAUAUUGAUACUGUUGACUUGACCGAGACGAACGAAGUACUCGACGACCCUAAGACACCGGAAAGGGAUAACCGUAUAAAGCUUGCCGCUUUCCAGUGCGUUAUCUGCAUGGAUGACUGCGUCAAUUUAACGGUGACACACUGCGGUAAGUGA